AUGGAAGAGUCAGUACAUUCCAAGAUGUUCUACACGCUGAUCUUGUUUCUCUUCAUCCUCUUCUGUAUCUUCUGCGUCUACGAUUCUAUCAAACCUCGGAAUUUCCCACCCGGACCAAAAUGGAUACCACUGCUUGGUUGCUUCCUAACGUUUCGACGAUUAAAACUGAAACACAAAUACGUGUAUCUGGCGUUUCAACAGUUGUCCGUGAUCUACGGCCCGAUUCUGGGCCUGAAAUUGGGGAAUCAGAAAGUCGUUGUGAUUUCGACGCACGAUCUGGUGAAGAAAGUUCUUCUGCAGGAAGAGUUCAACGGCAGACCGGACGGAUUUUUCUUCAGGGUUCGCUCGUUUGGAAAAAAAAAGGGAAUUCUAUUCAACGAUGGCCAGGCAUGGUCGGCGUGUCGUCGUUUCACCAUGCGACAUUUGAAAUCCUUCGGACUGGGUCAGUCGAACAUGGAAAAGCAUUUGAUCGUCGAGGCUGAAUGCCUGGUAAAUUACCUCCGUCGCGCCAGUGACAAGGGACCAGUGUCCAUGCACAUGGCCUUCGACGUUGCAGUUUUAAAUUCCCUUUGGUGCAUGUUCGCUGGCCAUAGGUUUGACUACGAGAAUAAGAAGCUGUUGGAAGUACUUGAAACGGUUCACGAUGUUUUUAGAUUAAUGGAUACAAUGGGCGGUGUUGUUUCGCAAAUGCCGUUCCUACGGUUUGUAAUACCAGAGAUGUCCGGUUACAACGAGUUAAUGAGGAUCCUUAACAAGCUUUGGAACUUCUUGAACGAAGAGAUCAACACUCAUGAGAAACAAAUGACGGGGGGUCAACCGCAGAACUUGAUCGAAGCGUUUUUAUUAGAAAUAUCGAAAAAUAAUGACGAUAAUUCCAUAUUCGAUCGGGAGAAUUUAUUGGUGCUAUGUUUGGAUCUUUUUUUGGCCGGUUCGAAGACGACGACGGAUACUCUAGAAACGACUUUUCUAUUUUUAUCUUCACACUCUGAAUGGAUUAAGAUUCUCCAGAUGGAACUGGAUAACGUGGUCGGCAGAUCGAGAUCACCUACUUUGGAGGAUUACGACUCUUUACCUAUGAUGAAAUCGUUUCUCGCAGAGGCGCAGAGAUUCUUAGUUCUGGCACCAUUUGGACUGCCUCACAAAACUAUGAAAGAUGUAACAUUGAACGGAUACAGCAUACCCAAGAAUACAAUCAUCCUCCUGGAUUUCCACAGCGUGAACAACGAUAAGACAUAUUGGGAACAUCCAGAAGAAUUUCGUCCUCAACGAUUUCUCGACGCGAACGGCAAAUUCCAACAGAAUAACACGAGCAUACCGUUCAGUUUAGGUAAGAGACGCUGUCCUGGUGAAACGCUGGCCCGCGUAUCCUUAUUCUUAUUCCUCGCCCACGUUAUCCAUUACUUCGACAUCGAGAUUUCACCGGAACACGGCGAGCCGGACCCGGAUGGGUACGAUGGUUUCACAAUAUCACCGAAGCCUUAUUACUUAAAGCUCACCACGAGGAUCACAAAUUCCACAUCUGAUUAAUCGAACCAGAGGCACCUUCAAUUUUCAUGCACAGGCAUCGAUAAUAGCAAGUGUGAUACCGUAGGAAAGUGUCAGCUUAAUAAUAAUUUGAUAGUUCGAACUGUUAGAGCUCAUUGUGAGGAUUGUCAAAUUAAGUAUUUAACAAUCGAACUAAAAUCGUAAAUCCUGUAACUAAGUAUAAGCAUCUAAUAGUAACAAAUAUCAAAGUUUCAUCUAAUUUUCGAAAAAUGCUUGAAAUAAAAGUUGUUCUCCUUCUAAUUUC